AUGAUCUGCGGGGGUUGCCGUCUAUUAAUGAACACAGAUUGUUCCUUACAUUGCCACACUUGUGAUAUCAACUAUCACUAUGAAUGCCUAAAUAUAAACAAGGAGCAGUUUGUAUCGCUUUCUACGGAAUUUCGUUCCUCUUGGACCUGCCCUGCAUGUGUGAAUGUAACAAGACGUAUAAAAACUAACUUAAGCACACCUGUACGUCACAAUCAGGUACCAUCUACGGAGCAGUCUAUGGACCUAUCGUGCGAAAUUCUGAACAAAAGUGAGGCGCACAUACCAUCAGAUUCGGUCUCCAUCGAGAAAUUUAAUGAACUGCUUAAUACUAUCAAUUUGUGGCGUAACGACAUUAAAUCUAACAUAAUGAGUAUUAGAGACGAAAUUAAGAAUGAUAUGAACUCUAACUUUAUGAGUAUUAGGGAAUAA